AUGGGCAUACAACCCUCGCACCUUCCAACAAAUGGAAGAUCAGCCAUCUCUGUGGACGAUGUCGACGGUGUCACUGUAGCAGGCUUGAUCAUCGACGCCGGACCUGUCAACUCACCGUCUCUCCUGGAGGUAGGGCCCUCGGGUUGCUCCACCGGGCACUCCUCCAACCCGACCUUCCUGUACGACCUCACAAUCCGCACGGGCGGUGUCCAGCCCGGCAGGAACAGCGCCGGCAUCGUCAUCAACAGCCACGACGUCGUAUGCGACCAGCUCUGGCUGUGGCGCGCCGACCACGGGCCCGCGACCUGCGCCGGCUGGGACGUCAACCCGACCAAGAACGGCCUGGUCGUCAACGGGGACCGCGUCACGGCGUACGGGCUUUUCAACGAGCACCAUGAGGAGUACCAGACGCUGUGGAACGGGGAACAGGGCCGCGUGUACUUCUACCAGAGCGAGAUCCCGUACGACCCGCCCCGACAGGAGGCAUACAAGUCUGAACAGGGCACGCGCAACGGGUAUGCAUCGUACAAGGUGUCGGAUUCGGUAGGGAGCCACGAGGCCUGGGGCCUGGGCGUGUACUCGUACUUCCGCGACGCGCCGGCCAAGGUGGAGAACGCGAUCGAGGUGCCUGAGGCGGCGAGGGUGCAUCGCAUGACGACCGUCUGGCUGAACGGCACCAGCGGCAGCGAGAUCACGCACGUCGUCAACGGUAGGGGAGGCAGGGUGUACGCGAACAGCCCGGAGGAGGCGAUGCGGCAGACCGUGGAUGAGUACCCCUGA